AGAAGGAGAUUGAGGAGGAGGAGGAUGAAUGUGGAGGACAGCUGAACUUUAUUAACAUGGACAGCAGAGGGAGGAGAGGGACAAACGGAUCCUUCAAACGCUCGUCCAUCAAACGCAGCGCAUCGUCUGGAUCACAGAAGAUUCACAGAGUGUGGAUUGAGAGGACUUUCCACAAGAGAGAAUGUAUCCAGAUUAUUCCCAGCAAAGACACCAGCAGGUGCAGUUGUGGUCAGCUGGUGACGCAGCACACCGCCAUCCCUCCAGGGACCAAAGAGGAGGGGGCCCCGCUGGUUCAGCUAGAGGUCCAACCGGCAGAGAGAUGGACUCCCCUCAAACACACCCAGACCUCCCCCACUGACGCCUAUGGAGUCAUCGAGUUCCAGGGAGGAGGACAUGUUAACAAGGCCAUGUACAUCAGAGUCUCUUAUGAUUCUAAACCGGACUCUCUGCUCCACCUCAUGGUGAAGGACUGGCAGCUGGAGCUCCCCACGCUGCUCAUCUCUGUCCAUGGAGGCCUUCAGAACUUCGACCUGCCGCCCAAACUGAAGCAGGUUUUUGGGAAAGGCCUGAUCAAAGCCGCAGUGACCACUGGAGCCUGGAUCUUCACUGGAGGAGUCAGUACAGGAGUGAUCCGCCAUGUUGGAGACGCUCUGAAAGACCAUUCGUCCAAAUCCAGAGGAAAAGUCUGCGCUAUUGGAAUCGCUCCAUGGGGGAUCAUCGAGAACAAAGAAGACCUGAUCGGGAGAGACGUGACGCGGCCCUAUCAGACCAUGUCCAACCCACUCAGCAAGCUGUCAGUCCUGAACAGCAGCCACUCCCACUUCAUCCUGUCCGAUAACGGGACCAGUGGGAAGUACGGCGCUGAGGUCCGCCUCCGCCGCCAGCUGGAGAAACACAUUGCCCUGCAGAAGAUCAACACGCGUCUGGGUCAGGGGGUCCCGGUGGUGUGUCUGAUCCUGGAGGGGGGUCCUAACGUCAUCUCCAUUGUGCUGGAGAGUCUGAAGGAGGAGCCUCCGGUCCCUGUCGUGGUCUGUGACGGCAGCGGUAGAGCCUCUGACAUCAUUUCCUUUGCUCACAGAUACUGUGAGGCGGACGGGUUGGUGAGUGACAGCGUCAGAGAGCAGCUGCUCGUCACCAUCCAGAAGACGUUCAACUACAGCCGCAGCCAGGCGCAGCAGAUCUUCCUCAUGGUGAUGGAGUGCAUGAAGAAGAGAGCGCUGAUCACAGUGUUCAGGAUGGGCUCAGAGGGACAGCAGGACAUUGAGAUGUCCAUCCUCACAGCUCUGCUCAAAGGUACAAAUGCAUCAGCGUCGGAUCAGUUGAGUCUGGCUCUGGCCUGGAACAGAGUGGAUAUCGCUCACAGUCAGAUCUUUGUGUACGGACACCACUGGCCUCCUGUGAGCGCCUUACCCACCGACCGUCCUAAAAGCCCGACGACCCAGAGAGCAGCAGCAGUAGCAGCAGGAGGAGGAGGAGGAGGAGGAGGAGGAGGAGGAGGGAAAGGCAAAGCCAGAGGGAAGAAAGGAAAAGGAGGCAAAACUAAACCUGAACCACCAGAGGAGACCGACCCCAGGAAACUGGAGCUGCUGAACUGGGUGAACUCUCUGGAGCAGGCCAUGAUGGACGCCCUGGUCCUGGACAGAGUGGACUUUGUAAAGCUGCUGAUCGAGAACGGAGUGAACAUCCAUCACUUCCUGACCAUCCCCCGCCUGGAGGAGCUCUACAACACGAAGUUGGGUCCAGCCAAUACGCUGCACUUUGUGGUCAGAGAUGUGAAAAAGGGAAACCUCCCUCCAGAUUACCAGAUCACACUGAUCGAUAUCGGACUGGUGCUGGAGUUGCUGAUGGGCGGAGCCUACCGCUGCAAAUACACCAGGAAGAGCUUCAGGACACUGUACAACAACCUGUACGGCCUCAAACGGCCUAAAGCUCUGAAGCUUCUGGGGAUGGAGGACGAUGAGCCCCGCCCCAAGGGCAAAGGAAAGAAGAACAAGAAGAAGGAGGAGGAGGUGGACAUCGACGUGGACGACCCAGAGGUCAGCAGGUUUCAGUACCCGUUCCACGAGCUGAUGGUGUGGGCCGUGCUAAUGAAGCGGCAGAAGAUGGCGCUGUUCCUUUGGCAGCGGGGGGAGGAGGCCAUGGCCAAAGCUCUGGUGGCUUGUAAACUGUACAAGGCCAUGGCCCAUGAGUCGUCUCAGAGCGAGCUGGUGGAUGACAUCUACCAGGACCUGGAGAAUAACUCCAAGGAGUUUGGUCAGCUGGCCUACGAACUGCUGGACCAGUCGUACAAACACGACGAGCAAAUCGCCAUGAAGCUACUGACCUAUGAGCUGAAGAACUGGAGUAACUCCACCUGUCUGAAGCUCGCCGUCGCCGCCAAACACAGAGACUUCAUCGCCCACACCUGCAGCCAGAUGCUGCUGACGGACAUGUGGAUGGGCUGUCUGAGGAUGGGCAAGAGCAACAGCCUGAAGGUGAUCUUAGGGAUCAUUUUCCCUCCCGCCAUCCUGCUGCUGGAGUUUCGUCUGGGAGAUGAAGCCUCGUUUCAUUCGUCCAAAGAGAACGAGGACAGUAAAAGUAAAGAGGACGACAACAAAUCCAGCAAGGACGCCGUCUCCAACGUGGAUGCCGUGUCAAAGAAAGGAGACGAAGAAGAAAACCAGGACAAACAGCGGAGGAGGAUACCCAUCGGGAGGAAAAUCUACGAGUUCUACAACGCCCCUUUCACCAAGUUCUGGUUCAACACGAUCUCCUACCUGGUCUACCUGAUGCUGUAUAACUACAUCAUCCUGGUGAAGAUGGAGCGAUGGCCGUCUCUGCAGGAGUGGAUUGUCAUCUCUUACAUCAUCACUCUGGGACUGGAGAAAGUCCGACAGAUCCUGAUGUCGGAACCAGGGAAACUGAAGCAGAAGGUCAACGUGUGGUUGGAGGAUUACUGGAACAUCACGGACCUGGUGGCGAUCUCUGUUUUCCUGCUGGGUUUACUGCUGCGGCUGCAGAACGAGCCCUACAUGGGCUAUGGACGUGUCAUCUACUGCGUCGACAUCAUCUUCUGGUACAUCCGGGUCCUCGACAUCUUCGGGGUCAACAAGUACCUGGGGCCCUAUGUCAUGAUGAUUGGGAAGAUGAUGAUUGACAUGCUGUACUUCGUGGUCAUCAUGCUGGUGGUCUUGAUGAGUUUCGGCGUCGCUCGGCAGGCGAUCCUUCACCCGGACGAGGAGCCAACAUGGCGUCUGGCCCGAAACAUCUUCUACAUGCCGUACUGGAUGAUCUACGGAGAGGUGUUCGCAGACUCCAUAGACCUUUAUGCGAUGGAAAUCAACCCUCCGUGUGGAGAGAACAUGUAUGAUGAAGAUGGGAAGAAGCUUCCUCCCUGUAUCCCUGGAGCCUGGCUCACUCCGGCCAUCAUGGCCUGUUACCUGCUGGUGGCCAACAUCCUGCUGGUCAACCUGCUUAUCGCCGUCUUCAACAACACCUUCUUUGAGGUGAAAUCCAUCUCCAACCAGGUGUGGAAGUUCCAGCGGUAUCAGCUGAUCAUGACCUUUCACGACCGACCCAUCCUGCCCCCCCCCCUCAUCAUCUUCCCCCACAUCUACAUCGUCCUGAAGAGGCUGUGCUGCCGCUGCAGGCGGAGGCCAGAGGGCGAGCGCGACGACCGCGAGAGGCGACUCCAGCUGGUGCUGAGCGCUGACGAGCUGAAGAGUCUCCAUGAGUUCGAGGAGCAGUGUGUGGAGGAAUACUUCAGAGAGAAGGACGAUGAGAAACAGUCGUCCAACAACGAACGAAUCAGAGUCACAUCUGAGAGGGUGGAGAACAUGUUCAUGCGUCUGGAGGAGGUGAAUGAGAGGGAGCACUCAAUGAAGGCGUCCCUGCAGACGGUGGACCUCCGCCUGGCUCAGCUGGAGGAGUUCUCCGGCCGGAUGAUGAAUGCCGUGGAGAAGUUGGCAGGCAUCGACCGGUCCGAGCUCGUGCGAACGCGCUCCAGAGGCUCGUCCGUCUGCGAGCCGGCGGCUCUGUUUAGACACGGCAGCGUCAACAGUGCCGACGGCUACAGUCUGUACCGCUACCAGCUGGAGCACGAAGACAGGAUCUCUGUGUCCGGAGACAUGGAGGGAAACGACAGGAAGGUCCAGCUCAGUCCAGAGAGACGAGGGGUAACCACAACAGGUGACGUGAUGGAGUUCGGUUCGACUCUGGAGGUGAGAGGACCGAAGGACAGGACCCAGUCGCUGUCCAACGUGGACAUCCUGAUCUCCCCCUGUGAUCCAGACCUCAGACCGGCCCACAGCAGUCCUGCUCCACCUCAGGCCGACCUGAUGGAGGCUGACCUGGAGAAGCCAGCUGAGAAGACUCGAGUGGAGGCGGCGGUGUCCUUCCCUCUGGAGAGGUCAAAGGUCAUGCAGUAUUUAUCCUCUCCAACCCUCAGCGGCUCACCCUCCUCCAACAGGAAGUCCAUCAGCAGUAUCCUCUACAGCCCCACCCAUCAGGCCCAGGAGGGGGGCACCAUUUCAACCCCCCCCAAAUCCCCCAGAGUGACAGUGGAGAGGAGCGGACCCAAAACCACACAGGAGGCAGACGAAUCCAGGUUGGCCGACGGGGGGCAGAGGGGUGAGACGGUGGAUGGUAACUAUGGUGACAGAGGCAGCGAGGAGCUGUCGGAGCAGCUGCUGGUGGGGGAGGACAGAAUGUACCCGACCCUGCGCUCCAAGAGUCUCAACACCAACCCAAGGAAGACGAGAGCGAAGAAGAGGGAGAACGAGGAGAAACCCCGCUCAGCCGGCAGUGUCAGAGACCUGGUGUCAGCUUUCAGCGGGGCGGCGGGGGGGCCACGGUCCAGGACCAGGUCCAGAGACUCCGACUGCUGAUCCUGAAGGAGAGAGCUGAACUCUGUGGACUGUGUUUCAAUUCAAAGCAGCAGGAAGUUUAAUGUUAAGGAGUCUGCAGUGGAGACGAACCAACCAAUCAGAGCUUCACGAGGUUCAGCUCACAAAGACCUCCAGGAGGGUCAGAAACAAAACCACCGGCCCCGAGUCCAGACCUCCCUCUGCACAGCAACACCUUGCAGCCCAGGAACCGGAUCAGAGGCCGGAUCCACCUCAGCUGGCUCUCCUCUGAUUUAAAUCAAACAUCCUGUGAGUUCUUUCUGAACGAAUGAAUCUUUUCAAAACCAGAUCAACAGAUCUGAUCAGGAUCAGUUUGUUUUCCUGUGAGAUAAUUUGAUGUAUUUAUUGUUUGCUGUAAACUGUAGGUCUGAGGGCAAUGUGUUAUUAUUGAUCAGGUUCAGUCACUGAACAGCAUGUUGGACAUCAUGUGACACAGAGACAGAACAGCUGAGAGACAUUCAGCUCAGCUGUGAAAACAAAGAUCAUUUAUCUAUAUCAUAGUUAUUUUAUAUGAUUCAUAUCUUUGUUUUCAGCCCUAUGUUGAUCAAAGCUCCGAUCACGACCUCAACCUGAACCACCUGAUUAAACCUGAACCUGGAACAAAGACCAGAUUAAACCUGAACCUGGAACAAACACCUGAUUAAACCUGAACCUGAACCUGGAACAAAGACCUGAUUAAACCUGAACCUGAACCACUUGAUUAAACCUGAACCUGAACCACCAGAUUAAACCGGAACCUGAACCUGAACCUGGAACAAAGACCUGAUUAAACCUGGACCUGAACCUGGACCUGAACCAAAGACCUGAUUAAACCUGGACCUGGAACAAAGACCUGAUUAAACCUGAACCUGGAACAAAGACCUGAUUAAACCUGAACAUGUACCUGAACCAAAGACCUGAUUAAACCUGAACCUGAACCACCUGAUUAAACCUGGACCUGGAACAAAGACCUGAUUAAACCUGAACCUGGAACAAAGACCUGAUUAAACCGGAACCUGAACCUGGAACAAAGACCUGAUUAAACCUGAACCUGAACAUGGACCUGAACCAAAGACCUGAAUAAACCUGAACCUGAACCACCUGAUUAAACCUGGACCUGGAACAAAGACCUGAUUAAACCUGAACCUGGAACAAAGACCUGAUUAAACCUGAACCUGGAACAAAGACCUGAUUAAACCUGAACCUGAACCAAAGACCUGAUUAAACCUGAACCUGGAACAAACCCCUGAUUAAACCUGAGCCUGAAUCACAGAUCUGUGCUCAUUGAUACACUUCAGUUUUUCUCUUCCAACCAGUUGUAUGAACAAACUCUGAUACAGACUGAGAUCUUCCAUGUGUAAAACCUGAACCCUGACCAGGACUAAAGGGAAUGAAAUCUACCUCUGUACCGUCUGUCUACUCUGUUUAUAUCUACGUCUGUUGUGUCUGUCUACUACGUCUAUAUCUAUGUCUG